AUGGCCAAGAUGUGGACUGCAAUUUUUUUGAUGAUCGCGUCGAUGUUUUCGACCGAGUUUGGCGCGGCGAAGCUGCCGCUUAGGUUCGGGCUGCACGAGCUCGGCAAAUUUCGUCCGUUGCGCGAGACUUUCAUCCUGGUGGAACACAUGUCCACCGAAGGCGGUUUCUUGAAAGCUAACAAGCCGUAUUUGGCUCCUUUGCCGUUUGUCGCAAACGCCGGUAAAGAUGACGGCGAGAAGCACAUCACUCCGUGCUGGCUGGUGGUUGGCCAGAAAUGCGCCAUCGGGCCGCCGAUGAUGGACUUAGUUGAAGCCAGGAUGAAUCUGUUGCGGCAAAUCAUAAGGCCGAGCGAGCACAUGCCCUUCACCGUUUCCCAGAUCAACAAGCUUUUCUAUCCGUAA